AUGCUUACAAGGGGGAACAAGAGAAGAGAUGAAGGAGCAAGUAGUUGGUGUGGUGAUGGUGGAGACUGCACAAUUGGCCGUCACAGCAGCUGUUGGUGGUUGUUUAAGGUGCAGCUUAGCUGCUGUUGGUGGGGGGAGAACGCAGCCACUGCUGCUGCUGCUGUGAGGAGGCGAACGCAGCCUGUUGGUGGCUGCUGGCUGCUGGUAGGGAGGCGCUACCGUGGCUUCUGGUGGCUACGGUGGAGGCGUGGCCUGGUGGUGCUGGGGCUGCUGCUGAACCGUGAGGGAGAGGGAUGUGAGAGAGCAGAGAAGAGAGGGAAGGUUGGGGUGUAUGAGAUUGUAAAACUGGAAAAACCACCAUAUGCUGUUGUUAACGAGAAUGUCAAGUUAGCGAAGUUUGCUCUCAGACCAGGUGCAGGAAACAUGGUGAAUGGAAUUCUUCGAAAACUAGUUUUUCUCAAGGAUAAAGAUUCUCUUCCUGUACUGAAGAUGGAUGGUGAUGACCGGGCUCAAGCACGAGCCCUUGCCACUACUUAUUCUCAUCCAGUGUGGAUGGUAAGACGGUGGACCAAGUAUCUUGGACAAGAAGAAGCUAUAAAACUAAUGAUGUGGAAUAACACAGAUCCAAGCUUCAGCUUGAGGGCCAAUAUUGCAAAAGGAUUUAACCGUGAAGACCUUAUGAUGAAGCUUAACAUGUUGAAGGUUCCCCACAAACCUUCCUCACAUUUGGAUGAUUUUGUCUGUGUUGAAAGCGGGAUGCAGACUGUGAUACAAACUGGAUUGUUGAAAGAAGGCUUGUGCUCUGUUCAGGAUGAGAGUGCUCUAUUCGUGAGGGAGAACAAAUAG